GGUAAAUUCACACUAGUCAUCGAAACGCCGCUAAGAUACGACAGUGCUGCUAGUAGUGUUGUACUAAUAAAAGUUUAAAAGCAGCAUAAACCGCAUAAACUAAAACUCGAGUUUGAUCUGUUCAUGAUAAUAAUUAGAUUCUUGAGGCAAACUUUAAUCAGAAUGGAAUCGAGAUCACCGUAUUUCUCUCCGAGAAAGACAAGAAAUUCUAUCAAACAGUCAGCGAUAACAGCACCCACAAUCCAAGAUAAACCGACCCUUGUAAAAUCGGUUCAAAGUAAACUAAACAAAAAACCCAAACUUUCAACCAUCGUUCCUGAGAUAAAAAUCGAACCAAAGGAAGAAGCCGCUCAUUCAUGCAAACAUACCAAGGCUGAAUGCAGUUCUCAAUUCGAAACAACACAGUGGGAACCGGCAAAUUGGCGGCAAACUUUGGAGAAUAUUCGCCAGAUGCGCCGUGACAAUCUAGCGCCGGUUGACACGAUGGGAUGCGAUCAAUUUAAAAACGAUGAAUUAAUCCCUGCCAAAAGCAGACGCUUUCACACACUGAUCUCCCUUAUGCUGUCCAGUCAAACCAAGGAUCAAGUGAACUACGAUUGUAUGCAGCGGCUGCGAAAACAUGGGCUGACUCCGAAAAACAUGCUGGCAACUGAAAGUGAGGUUCUUGAAAGGCUAAUUUACCCAGUAAGCUUCUACAAGAACAAAACCAAAUUCAUCAAACAAGCCUCGCAAAUUUUGCUCAGCGAGCACGACGGCGACAUCCCAAACACGAUCGAAGGGCUGCUGAAGCUGCCGGGAGUCGGUAAGAAGAUGGCGCAUCUAUGCAUGCGUUCCGCCUGGAACGUUGUGACCGGCAUCGGGGUAGAUACGCACGUACAUCGCAUAUGUAACUGGCUCCGGUGGGUGCCGAAGGAAACAAAAACUCCGGAGGAGACACGGAUUGCGCUGGAGCAGUGGCUGCCGUUCGAACUGUGGGAUGAGGUUAACCAGCUACUGGUUGGCUUCGGGCAGACUACAUGCAGUGCGAACUAUCCGCGCUGCAAUGAGUGUUUGAAUGCAGACAUCUGUCCAGCCAAGGGGAAGCAUGGAGUUCGUAAGUCACCCAUGAAACGGGAAAUCAAACAAGAAGAUUUGGAAUUUUGAACUUUGAGCCAGUUCAGGUUAGGAGAGUUUUAUUUGAGAUUAUUUUGUUCACAGUACAAAUUAGUGUUUGUCUUAUUAAAUCGAAUUUUUGCUAGUGCUCAGUUGUUUUCUCAAAAUAAUUCAAUUUCGUGGCCAGGCUAACAAACAUUGCUGAGAGACGCCGAGACACUCACCGUUAAGGCAACUGUCAACAUCA